AAAUUAUUUUUAUUAAUGUCUCUUUUGAGCCCGGGUACUCUAACAGCUGUUCCUAGGACUGCACUCUUCUGGACAGAGAUCUCCAGUGUAGUUCAUGGGAUCUGAGAUUAUAGAGUCCGGAUCAAAUGUUGAAGACCACUUGGAAAGUGGCAAAAAAUCAUAUUUUGCAUGGUUGGAUCUUAACAAGGUUCCAAGUAGAGCUUCAACAUGCAACAAAUGAGAGGGAGACAAGACAUAUUUUUUUGAGCAUGCAAUUUACUGAAAACAAUGCUUAAACUGAAACAGGCUGUUUUACAGCUGACAAAAAAGUUUAGGACCACAUGCCUUUAAAAGGCCAAAUCUGUGCAAAAAUGUGGAUUCAUUGUCAUUUUCUGUCAGGUGGUCACACUGUCAUAAUGUUCUGAUGGCAAAGGCAAGAAAAACUUUCCCUUUUUGAACGUGGUCGGGUUGUUGAACUGCACAAGUAGGGUCUGUCGCAGCACACCAUCACUGCUGAGGUUGGAUGCAGUAAGACAGUCAUUUGGAUUUUCUUAAAUGAUCCUGCGGUUAUGGAACAAAAACUUCAAGCAGAAAAGCCAAAAAAAUUUCACAAGCGCUGAGCCGGAGGAGCCAAUUGGUGACAAGACACUGGACAAUCCUGGAUCCAAAUUAAGGCCGUUACUGGUGCCGACUGCAGCCCCAUAACCAUCACACAUCAGGAAUCUGAGACUGAAGAACUUCAAAAACAAAAUACGUCCUCAAAGCCCUCGUCUCCUUGAACACCACAGACCUGACUGUUUGGACUUUGCAAGAGAGCAUGAAACAUGGGACACUGAAAGAUGGAAGGAGUUUUAUUCUCUGAUGAGAAAAAAUUUAACCUCGAUGGUCCUGAUGGUUUCCAACGUUACUGGCAUGACAAGCAGAUCCCACCUGAGAUGUUUUCUACACUCCACAGUGCAGGGGGCGCCACAAUGGUCUGGGGUGCUUUUUUCUUCAGUGCAACAAUGGAGCUUCAGGAGGUGUAGGGGUUUUUCAACAGGACAAUGAUACAGUACACAAUGCCCACAGAACCUCUUCCAGGAGAAUAACAUCACUCUUUUGGACCAUCCUGCGUGUUCCCCUGAUCUAAAUCCAUUUGAGAACCUUUGGAGAUGGAUGGCAAGGAAGUUUACAAAAAUGGACAAAAGUUCCAGACAGUACAGACACUUCGUACGGCCGUCUUCACCACUUGGAGAAAUGUCCCCACUCACCUCAUAGAAAUGCUUGCAUCAAACAUGCCGCAACUUUUGAAGUGAUCAACAAUAACGGUGGAGCUACUCAUUACUGAGUUCAUGUUUGGAGCUUUGAUUUCUCUUUUGGGGGGGGGUUAGGUUUUUGUUGUUGUUUUUUUAGACUUAGUCUUUAACUUUUGAUCAGGUGUAAAACAGCCUGUUUCAGUUUAAAUGUUGUUUUUGAUAAAUUGCAUGGUCAAAAAAAUGUUUUGUCUCACUCCCGUUUCUUCUUGUUGCAUGUUGAAGCUCUACUUGGAACCAGUCUGCACUUCUGUUAAAUUCAUGUAUUUUUUAAAUUUAUUAUCAAUUUAGUUUUUUAUAUACUUGGCAUAAACAGUCUUCCGUACAGCAGUCUUCAGCUGAGGGGUCUCAUCAUUCCCUCAUGUAGCCUCGGUCCGCCCCUGCUGACAGAGAAGAAAACAUCCACCCUCCUCUUCCUCAGCUGCAGCUUCAUCCCCCAGCUGCCGUGAUGUCUGCUGGCUGCUCGGACCUCCUUCUCCUGUGAAUCAGACACCAUCGUGAAGCGUCUCUCCAUCCUCUGAGCGCGUAUCCGCCUCACCUGCGGACUCCGGGACACUUGAUCACCUGCAGCCGCUGAGCAGAGGCCGCCUGCGGGCUGGUUUUGUCGGCCUCGUCCAUCCUUCAUCAUCCUCCUCUUCAUCAGCAGACAUGUUGUUCAGGCAGGAUCCGUGACGCCGCGGUGACUGCUGAUGGAUGGAAGGAGCCGGAGGAGCGGCUAGAAUGACGCUCGGCACCUGGUCUCUGAUCCAGCAGUACAGCGAUGGUGUAUGCCCAGACAUCAAACACAGUCGGUGUCAAUCCCUCCAUCUACUUGCCAUCUUUCAUGUAUCAGAUGUCAUUUAACUACUCCAAGAGAGAAAACUCAACUGUCCUGGCAACCUUACCCACAACUCCCCUCUGCAGCCUUGAGGGCACGUCCUCCGGCCAGUUGAAUACUACCUCUGUCCCUGAUGAGCUGACUUCAGGUGAGGUUGCCGUCCUAGGCUUGGUGUUUGGGGUUCUAUGGCUGGUCUCCAUCUUGGGAAAUGCCCUCGUAUGCCUGGUCAUCCACCGAAGCCGACGGACUCAGUCCACAACCAACUACUUUGUGGUGUCUAUGGCCUGCGCGGACCUGCUCAUGAGCCUUGGUUGUGCCCCAUUCGUCCUCUUGCAGGUUGCCUCUGGACGUUGGCCAAUGAGCACAGCAGCUUGCAAGGCUGUGCGCUAUCUACAGCACCUUUGUCCAGGUGUGCAGGUUUACGUCCUGCUUUCCAUCUCAAUAGACCGCUUCUACACAAUCGUCUAUCCCCUCAGCUUCAAAGUGUCCAGAGAAAAGGCAAAGAAGAUGAUUCUGGCUUCGUGGUUAUUUGAUGCAGCCUUCGUCUCCCCCUGCCUCUUCUUCUAUGGAUCUACAUCUACAGUCAGUCAUUGUGACUUUUUCCUUCCUGAGAGCUGGGGCAGCAUAGUCUACGCAGCGAUUCACCUUCUCAUUGGUUUUCUGGUGCCAGCUGGAUUGAUCAUAUCAUUCUACCAGAGGGUGGUCAGGUACAUCUGGAGGAUCAGUGCUGAUGGCCACACUGUGCGGCGGACAAUGAACAUUGUCCCACGGACUAAAGUCAAGACCAUCAAAAUGUUCCUUAUGCUUAAUUCUGUUUUCUUCCUCACCUGGACACCCUUCUAUCUCGCCCAACUGUGGCAUCCGAGGGAGUCUGAUGGGCCCAGCAGGCAGGGACUGCUUUUCUUCACAGCCAUCACCUGGAUUUCCUUCAGCUCCACAGCAUCCAAACCCACCCUGUAUUCUGUCUACAAUGCAAACUUCAGACGUGGCAUGCGGGAGACCUUCUGCAUGUCAUCCAUGAAAUGCUACCGCAGUAAUGCCUACACCAUCACCGCGAGCUCCCGCAUGGCCAAAAAGAAUUAUGUUGGGGUGGUGGACAUCCCAGUGCAAGCAAAGAUGGUGACUAAAGACUCGGUCUACGAUACAUUUGACCGAGAAGCUAAAGAAAAGAAGGUAGCUUGGCCCACUAAUGCGAACCCUCCAAAUACCUUUGUGUGAAUGAGCUUGGACAGUUUUGAAACUGAACUCACAAACAUAAACUUGUCUAACAUAGCACAGUGCCAGUGGUGGCAGGUGAAUUAGCUGGAGGCUAACAUGCUAGCACUGUAUUUAAGUAAAAAGUUCACCGAAUGUGUUCAGAUUGUAUAAAGGGCUUUUUUUUGAUGUGACAAACCCUAUAGCAGCCAUAUUGGUGAUUUUUAUACUUCAGAUUUCAAUCAGAAUUUGUUUUCGUGCUGUGUUUUGAUGGAUCGUACUCCAUGGAUGAAUUCCAUUUUGUGUUUUGAUGUCAACUUGUUAGCUAGCUAACUGUCUGUGUGGUCAUCGAUCAUAAAAGUCUUGUAACUGCAUCUGGUUUGCUACAGUAAUGUACGUGGUAGAUGCUAAUGUUAGUAAAGGCUAAAAUGUUAACAAUGACAUUAUCUGCUUUGUCACCAUGACUGAGUAACGGUGAGCUGGUUAGAUACCAAAGCCCGGGAUUCAAAGCUUGUUCAAAUAAACUGGGCUGAAUCAAAGUGAAGCUCAGUGUUUUCCAAAAAAAGAGACUAGGUUAUGGACAUGAAAGCUGGAUAGGCUUUGGUAACUUGGAGUACAAUCAGGAUCAAUUAUGACUUUAACAACCAUGUCAGCAAGACCCAUUCAGGUUCAAACUUAGCUGAGUGGUCAUAGCUAAACAUGACAACAUGCAGACACUGUUUGAUUCAGUUCAGUUUCAGAAUGGUGCUUGGUUCUUAAACAGCAUCAAGGCAGAACUCGUUUGGUGUCGAAGUGGAUCGGUAGCUCAAAUCUUAAAGUGCGAUUGCAGAGGGACUUAAGUCCUGUAAUUUCUGAUUGAGUUCCUCAACAUCAUCCUCAGCACUGCUGUGUGGAAACGCUCAACAAGGACAGAACCUGAACAUUUGUCCUCCUUCCAAUGUGCUGAAAUAUCCAGACUUGAGAUCAAAUGGAUGUUCAGUAAUGAGGAUCCUUGAGGAGCUGUAUGAAUGAAACAACCAAGUUUGUAGCUGUGAUCAGUUCUCAUGAAGUUUGAUCAGUGUGAUUAAAGAUAAUUUGUUAUAUGAA